AGCGGUAUUCAAAGGUAUAACCUGAUGCUGGAUACGAAUGACCGGCAUAAGACUUCGGUAGAAUUCGACGGAAGCCCAAAUUUGCUGCUUCUUCCGGUGGGACAUCGAGAGUUGAAGGUGUCGUGGUGGUACAUGUAUCACGGCACAGAGCCAACCAAAAUCGGUCUCGUAAGGCUCAAAGAUUGAGAGAUAAAGUGGAUUAGUCGAUCGUAUCUAGCUAGAGCAGCUCUAUUAGGCAACAACUAACAACCAUGGCGCCGCCUUCCAAUUCUGUCGUAGAGGUGGCGAAAGAUGAGAGUCCUGUCGAUGCAGGAGAAAAGACUCCGCUUCUCGUGUCCUCUGGAGCCGGUCAGAGUUACGGCAAUGGAGAGGUCAUUAAUGGGAACGGCAACCACACCAUGUCGAACGGUAGCGGCGAGGAUGGUGGAGAGGAAAUUGUGCAUUAUUGCCAAGCAGCUGGUGGCAAUUCACUCGCGCCUCAACCCAAUCUGUGGAAAUCUUUGAGAGGCGCCUUUGAUGCCAAUUCGCAUGGAGUCGCCAAUGUCCGGGCUGUCGAAGGGUGUUGUGCCAGUGGUUCCUGCACUGCCAACACGGGCCCUACCUUCACGCCGGGAAAAGGAAAAUUGAAAAUGCCACCCUGCUGCGAAGAAGGAUUCUGCAAGGCUUCUACCACGAGUAGUUGCUGUGCUACCGGUACUUGCACGGGUGCUGGCGCCACCCCCGCCAUGACCUACAAGCAUCUAAUUGUCGAUACUGCCGACGAAAAGAAAACCGUUAGAUCCACCAUCACAUGUUCGGGCAUCUGCUGUUCUGCUGAGGUUCCCUUGGUCAAUGAAGUGAUCGAUGAGCUGGACGGAAUUAGCAAGUCCAUGAUCAACGUCCCACUGAAGCAAGUCGUCAUUGAUCACGACCCUUCGGUUAUUUCCGCCAAAGACAUUGAAGAUGCCCUUAACCAAGAACACUUUGGUGCUGUAGUGAAACGAGAUGGUGGAGCCGGAUUGGAGGGUGCUAUUGGACGAUCACACUAUCAUGUCAAAAAGAUCUGUUGCGCCGCAGAAAUUCCGAUCAUUAAUGGAGUGUUGGAGCCAAUCAAUGGUGUAUCCAACGUGGCCUUCAAUAUCACUGCCAAAAUGGUCUAUGUGGACCAUGACACCAACACAGUAUCAGCACAAGCACUCUGUGAUGCUUUGAAUGAUGCUACAUUUGGGGCAACCCUCAAAAAGGACGCUGGAAAGGCUUCCAAGGGGGGAACUGCAUCAUUUGUUCGCUCCACACUCAAAAUUGAAACAGAUACCUCUGAUGUCGAGAUGGUUGAGGAAGCACUGAAGACCUUCAAAUCAUCAGAGUUGGAGUCUUUUGUAGUGGAUGGAAAAGGAAAGGCUAUCACACUCUCACACAAUCCCUUGGUCUUGCCCUUGGAGUCAGUUGUGAGCCAUCUCAAAAAAGAAGCUGGUUUUGUCACAUCUAUCUCAUUCAAUGGUGAAGAUGACAUUGUUUGGGACUUCCCUUCCUAUGAGGAUGUCACCAGCAAUCAAGAAGUUGACAGUGGUGACGAAGACAAGCUGCCAAAGCCAACAGUCAUUCUAUCAGGUAUCUUUUGGAUUUUGUCCAUGUUCUCCAACAUUGGUGGCUACUUUGAAUAUUUGAAGUAUCUUGGGUUGUUGGCAUUUGCUUUUGGUAUCCCAAACAUUGCUGUGAAAGCAUUCAGUACUAUGCGCCGAUUCAUGUUUGAUUCCAACUGCUUAAUGCUCUUUGCAGCGGUUGGGGCGCUGGGUUUCCAGGAAUAUGACGAAGCAGCAGCUGUGACAUUUCUGUUCUCCCUUUCUGACUGGCUUGAAGGACUGGCUACUACAAGAGGCCGAAAUGCACUUUCAGCAAUUGUUAGCCUUCGCCCUGAGUUUGCCUGGAUUGUCCAUCCAAAGACAAAGGAGCAGCAGAUGAUUCCAGCUUCCUAUGUGCCUGUUGGAGCCAUAGUUGCUGUGAAAACUGGAGAUAAAAUCCCUUGUGAUGGAGUUGUGGUGGAAGGCCAGUCAGCUGUGGAUGAAUCAUCACUGACAGGAGAAUCUAGACCAGUGAAGAAACAACCCAAGAGUCUUGUCUCAGGAGGCACUGUCAACUGUGGCCAAAACCAUCUGAUGAUUCAAACUACUUCCACAGCCGAAAACAGUGCAAUCAGUCGCCUUGUUACCCUUGUUGAGGAAGCACAGGCCAACAGAAGUGAAACAGAGAAGCUCGUUGAUGAAUUCGCCAAAGUUUAUACCCCCAUUGUUGUUCUUGCUGCUCUCUGUAUGUGCACCAUUCCUUGGUCAAUCAGCGUCGAGAGUGGAAGAACUUGGACCUACAACGGCCUGGUUUUGAUAGUCGUUGCCUGCCCAUGUGCUCUGAUCAUUUCAACUCCAGUUACAUACGUGGCAGCCCUGGCUGCCACUGCACAGCGAGGUGUUUUGGUUAAAGGUGGUGCUCACUUGGAGGCCUUAGGACUUGUGAAGACAAUCUGCUUUGACAAAACUGGUACCCUCACUCAGGGGAGUUAUGCUCUCAUUUCAAUCACUCCAAUCGGAGACAAGUACACUCGGGAGCAAAUGCUUGAGUUCAUGGUGCUGAUGGAAGAAAGGGCCAAUCAUCCUCUUGCCCUGGCAAUAGUUGACGGUGCCAGGUUGGAGGGAGUCACAUCAGCAAACUCCAAGAAGAAAGUGGAUGAGCACAAAUUUAUGGCUGGGGAGGGUUUGGUUGGCCGAAUUGAUGGAAUGCAAGUUUAUGUUGGAAACACCCGUCUUUUUGAGCGACUUGGCAUGAUGGAAAGUCUCUCUGAAGAGAUGGAAAAUAUGGUUUACAACUGGGAAGCCAUGGCAAUGACUGUUGGUUUUAUGAGCAUUGAAGGAGCAGGUAUCGUCUGUGCCUACUGUGUAGCUGAUGCUGUCAGAAACGAAUCAAUGGAGGUUAUUGAUGCUCUGGAAAAAAUGAAGAUUGACCUUUACAUGCUCACAGGUGACAACCGAGAUGCAGCCCGAGCAAUUGGCCAGAUGGUGGGGAUGAAUCCAGAGAGUAUCAACAGUGAGCUGCUCCCAGAAGAGAAACUCCAAUUCAUUACAAAGAUGAAAGGCGCUCAAGACACUGGACGGUCUGUGCUAACAAAUCCCAUGGGCAAGCGGGACCUUGUGUGCCACGUUGGAGAUGGUGUGAAUGAUGCCCCUGCUCUAGCAGCAGCUGACGUUGGUGUUGCGAUGGGAGUGGGUGCUGCUUUGGCGAUGGAGACUGCCGAUGUUACGUUGCUGGAUUCUAACUUGAGGAAGCUAUUGUACAGCAUUGAUAUGGGUCGACGUGUUCUUUGGACCAUCAAGGAAAAUGUGGCAUUCAGUUUGAUUGUGAAGAUAAUCGUGCUGGGUUUUACGAUUGUUGGUGAUGUAUCCUUGUGGGUUGCCAUCAUGACAGACGUUGGAGCCAUGCUGUGUGUGACACUGAAUGGAAUGCGGUUGCUCCCAAGCAGGAAGAUUGAUGCGGAACAGAUGGGUGACGUUGGAAACUCAUCCUACCGCAGUCAAGUCGGUGUGUGAUGAUUAUCGAUGAGUUCAUUUUCGAUGAGUUAGAUAAGACAAUUUAUAUCUUAACAACAAUUUUCCAGCUAUUAGCGCAGUACUACCCGCAGUGCCAUAACAUCUAACGAUUGCUCUUCCGUCGUCCCUUGGAAUCGCCUGAAUCAGAGGAGGAUGUCGAUGCCGACCUAUCGGACUCUCUGGAUCGUCUCCGCUCUUUCUUAGAGGAUGACUUGCUGCGACUUCGUUUCCGCGACGAUGAGCGAUGUUUGUCAUCGCUUCUCUUCCUACGUCUCUUUCUCGAGGAAUUGUCUGAGCUACCAUCAGUCGAUUCAUCACUGUCAGCAGAUGAAUCAUCGCUGGAGUCUUUGCGUCUUUUUCGACGGGAAGAGUGUUGCUUCUUGUGUCUCUUUCGAUCCGCCUCGUCUUCCUUUCGCCUCCGUUUCUUCUUUUCCUUUUUGUCGCUUUUCUUUUUCUUUUUCCGUCGUUUGUGGCCUUCCCUUCUACUUGCUUCGCCGUCUUCAUCAUCACUCUCAUCAUCCUUAUUCCCCUUGCCUACCCCACAAUCCGUGAUGACAAUUUUCUGCAUUGCAGCUGGACGGUCUCCCUCCAACUCUACGUCUGUAGCCAUUCUUUGCACAACAUCCAUCCCAUGAAUCACUUGUCCAAAAGCGACAUGCUUUUUGUUCAAAUGAGGAGUAGCUUGCAAGGUAAUGAAGAAUUGACUGCUGUUGGUAUUUGGGCCUUUGUUGGCCAUGCUGACCACUCCCGCCCGGUCAUGAGCCACAUGAAAAUUCUCGUCAGGGAAUGUGCCACCGUUGGCUGCAUAACCCCCCGUUCCAGAAAAUUGAUUAUGAUCUCCUCCUUGUACCAUGAACUGUGGAACUACGCGAUGAAAGAUGCUUCCUCUAUACGUUGGCACAGGUUUGGAGGGCGUGGUUCUUCCCAAAGCCCCACAGAACGAGGCAAAGUUUUCACAUGUCUUGGGAACGAUGGACCUGUAGAGUUGGAUUACUAUUUUUCUCGGGGGGCCCACCAGCUAUUGAGACCACAAGGAAGCUGUAGUUUUCGUCGACAUCAUUGUUUGUGGUCCUUAUUGUCGUUGACAUCUCGACGACGAUCUGUUCGUUCAGUUCGAAUUGUGAAUGGAGAGGGUGGACGAAUGAUCAAUUAUAGGGAGCUGCAUGGAGAUGGCCGUUGGUUUUCAAAGUAGCCUUCAUUAAUUUUAACCCUAUAAAGUGCCGUUGCUUCGCCAAUUUGCCUCCAGU